AUGGCCUACAACAAGGGCUACAACCCGGACGCGCUGCCUGCGCACGCCGAGCCUGACCAGGCGGCCGCCAUGCUGUCCCAGGCCCAGCAGCAACGCGUCUCCCCGCGCCCCUCCUACUCGUCGCCGCGCCCCGGCGGAGCCGACUACAACAAGCCGCCGCCCCCACUGCCCGCCCACAGCGGCGGCUCCUACUACAACGACGGCCGCCAGCACAGCCCGCGGUUCGGCGGCGGUCCUCCCCCGCCGCACCACGGCCAUCACGCCAGCGGCGUCGGCGGCUACGCGUCGCCGCCGCCGCAGAACUACGGAGCCGCGCCCGCGCCGACCAGCUUCAACCACGGCCGCCCGCAGCUGAGCCCGUCGGCACGCCCGCCGCCGACGCCCGCGCCCCCGCGCGACCCCAACGACCGCGACUCGCUGUGGCGCUUGUUCGCCGCCGUGGACAAGAACCGCAGCGGGCAGCUCAGCGAGAGGGAGCUCGGCUCGGCGCUGGUCAAUGGCGACUGGACGACGUUUGACUCGCACACGGUGCGCAUGAUGAUCAGAAUGUUCGACACGGACCGCUCUGGCACCAUCAACUUUGAAGAAUUCUGUGGACUCUGGGCCUUCCUCGCCGCCUGGCGCCAGCUCUUCGACCGCUUCGACACGGACCGUAGCGGCGCCAUCUCGUUCAACGAGUUUGCGGAUGCGCUGGUGGCGUUCGGGUACAGGCUCAGCCCGCAGUUUGUCACGAUCCUGUUCCGCACGUACGACCGCCGCAACCAGAACGCCAUCGGCUUCGAUUUGUUCGUGCAGGCUUGCAUCAGCUUGAAGCGCAUGACGGAUGUGUUCAAGAAGUAUGACGAGGAUCGUGAUGGAUACAUUACUCUGAGCUUGUGA